UGAAACAAGAGCAUAAUUUCGGGACACUGAACGACACGGUCAGAGAGACUGAGUGAAAGAAGGAAAAACGUUAAUCAUGAGGAUCCUAAAGUUUAUCGGCUGCCUGUUAGCGCUGACCAACAUGUCCAUAGCCCAGUUGUCACCGACGGCGGACCAAGUUCUUGAGAUGCGUGCGGCUCUUGAGCAACACAUUGAAGCCCAGACGGGUCAAGGGGGUGGUCACCCACGUAUUGGGGGAUUAGUCCGCCUAGCCUUCCAUGACUGUGUGGGUGGAUGUGAUGGGUGUGUUAAUCUAGCAAACCCUGACAAUGAUGGCUUGAGACCUUACAUCCGGGAUCUCGAAGACGUAUAUGCCAACUUUGAAGGAAUCAUUUCACGUGCUGAUUUCUGGCAGUUAGCCGGACUUGAAGCAUUAGAGCGAGCUGCAGGGACCGAUCGUCCAGAUAUCCCUUUCUUGGUUGGACGAAUUGACUGUUCCACAUCCCCGGAUACUUCUGAUGUAGAGGCGUUCCCAACUAAUGGAGGACACGGUAACCUCGGCAACGUGCUAGAUUUUUUCCAGUCUGGAUUUAACCUAGGUGAACGAGACGCCGUUGCUAUACUUGGGGCCCAUACCCUGGGGAGAGCGCGAACCGGAGCAUCUGGUUUCAAUGGGCCUUGGGUGCGGAACGAAGAUUUAUUUGACAAUGCGUACUACCGAGAUCUCCUGGACGAAAACUUGAUGUGGAUUCAAACUAACAUCAAUCCAACAGGUGAAGACAGGUGGCAGUGGGUACAUGGUCGUGCUGGUGGUCGUCGAGGAAAACGUCAAGCAGGUGGAGGAGGUCCAAUGAUGCUGAACUCCGACAUGUGUCUUGUUAAAGACAUCACAGCUGAUUCUGAUGGAAGGUCCAGUUGUAACUAUUUCUCGUGUGCUGACUCACCAACUUUCUCCAUUGUUGAAGAGUAUGCCAACAACAAUGCCCUCUGGGUCAGCGAAUAUUCCCGGGCUCAUACCAUUAUGACGUCCAACGGAUAUGGAGAAGGUGAUCUUGCAAGUGUCGCAGAGGCAAUUAUGGUGGGGAAUCCAGAAGAACAACCGUUAAAUACAGAUGAAGAAGCAGAAGAAGAGGAAUUGAUUGAAGUCAUUGACGCAAUUAUGACAGGUGGUACAAAUGAGGGAGAACAACCUCCACGAGGUGGAUCAGGAGGAAGAAGAGGUUCAGGUUUAAGAAGGGGCGGCCCCGGAAGAGGUGGUGCAGGAGGGAGAAGACGCCAGAGAUAA